GCUUCCGGCCAGCGUGACGACGCGGAUACGCGAAGACGGAGAAAGGGAAAACAACAGAGGAUCUUAAACCAAGAUAUUGCUAUUUAAUUGAAACGUAGCGAUUAUGUUAGCGGCGUGGUACUGUGUGUGCCAAUCCGGUUAGAUGUUCAUAAGUAAACAGCCUACGUUAUCCAAAAAACAACAUUCGGUUACCAACAUAGCGUUGGAUGUUUAGGAAGCUAGCAUAGCGUAGCUAGCUGAAAGUAGCUGUCUACAUAGCAAACUUAGCCCUCAGUUUUAAAUUUUGCAUUUUAGGUCGGUUUUUAUCGUGUCUGCCGGAGCAGACAAUCGAGAGACUGACUGGUGUCGGUCUGCUGUUUUUCUGACAAUCGUGGAAUUUGACUUGGCUUGUCUUGUUUUUCGGUGAGAAUGGCAACAUCGGCCCUUUACGCGUGUACAAAGUGUAACCAGCGAUAUCCGUUCGAGGAGCUAUCCCAGGGACAACAACUGUGCAAGGAAUGCAGAAUUGCACAUCCGAUUGUAAAAUGCACAUACUGCAGAUCAGAGUUUCAGCAAGAAAGCAAAACAAACACAAUCUGCAAAAAGUGUGCCCAGAAUGUCAAACAGUUUGGGACGCCGAAGCCCUGUCAGUAUUGUAACAUCAUCGCUGCGUUCAUCGGUACAAAAUGUCAGCGCUGCACAAACUCAGAAAAGAAGUAUGGACCCCCACAGACCUGCGAGCAGUGCAAACAGCAGUGUGCCUUCGACAGGAAAGAGGAGGGCAGGCGAAAGGUGGAUGGCAAGCUGCUGUGCUGGCUGUGCACGCUGUCCUACCGGCGCGUGCUGCAGAAGACCAAGGAGCAGCGGAAAGGCCUCGGCUCGUCCCACUCCAACUCCUCGUCGCUCAGCGAGAAGGAGCACCAGAGACCACACCAUCACCACCACCACCACCAGCAUCGCCACAGCAGCUCGCACCACAAGCUUAGUGGUAGCCUGAGUCCUGAGCAAGAGCAGGGAUUAUGGAAGCAAAGCCACAAAUCAUCCUCCAUUCAGAAGGAAACUCCAAAGAAGAAACCAAAACUAGAACUGAAGCCAUCAAAUGGAGACAGAAGUUACGGGAUUGAUAUUACCACUGGCGACUUCUCCGGACCAUUUUACAGAAGCAGCUCGAUCGCCCAGUCUGUGGACUCUGGAGGCACGGACAACUUCAUCCUGAUCAGCCAGCUGAAGGAGGAGGUGAUGGGACUGAAGAGACUCCUGCAGCAGAGGGACCAGACCAUCCUCGAGAAGGACAGAAAGCUCACUGAGCUGAAGGCAGAUUUCCAGUACCAGGAGUCCAACAUGAGGGUGAAGAUGAACAACAUGGAGAAAGCCCAUAAGGAGGCCAUGGAACAGCAAGUGUCAAAGAACCGUGAGCUGAUGAAACAGGUGGCAGCGCUCUCCAAAGGGAAGAAGUUUGACCGCUCUGGAAGCUCUUUGCUGUUGCCAUAACGCAGCGCUGCGCAAGAAGACGGUCGGCCAUCUCACUCUGUUAUCUCUUUGAGAUAAGAGGCCAGACCUCUGGACACUUUCCUAUGCUUGAUCCUUUUUAUUUUUCUCCUUUUUAUUUUUCCUUCCUCAAACACACAUACCAGUUGUCACGGAUUGUAGAUUCUCUGAAAACAUUUUUUUACGGAUUUUCAAGGAAUUGCUGACACUUUUUUUUCGGAUCGGUAUGUGUUGUUGGUGAAGAACGCAAAUAUUUUGGUAGACUCUUAACGACAGCAGCAAACCAGGCUCAUCCACACAGUCUCUUUUUGGGGUUUUCCGUUAGUAUUUAUUCACAUAUUCAUGUUUGUCAACACUUCGUAUGCACAGGAGUUUUGAUUUUAUUUUAUUUUCCCCCUCAGUGCGUUUCCUUUUUCUUUUGGUUCUCUCACCUAAAUCAUGUAUUCAUACGUCUUUAAUCAUAUUCCUGAAUCGUGGAGAGCUGGAGGUGGAGGUUUCCCCACCCCCGGCACACUUUAAAGUCUGGCCCAGGACCUUGUAUGCAACGACGGCUCACAAGAGACUGGUGAUGUUGUGAGCGUUACUCUUUAUACCAUCAUCACAAUCCUCCAGCAUCUCUGGAACGCGCUCUGUGGGGAGUGGGACGAUUGUAUAGCUGCAUGAAUCCUGAACGGAAUUGUACUUAAGAAGAAAAAAAAAAUCCUAUUAUUAUUAUUAUUACCAUAUUAUUUUGUUGUCAUUUAGAUUCUUUUUGUUUUAUUUUUAAAAAUAUCCAUGCGUUGGGUUUUUGUUUUUGUUUACUGUGGACAGCCUUAUGUAUUUAUGAUGGUGGAUUUUAGUGUGUCUCUACUGCCAGGCAGAGUUUAAACAGUAGUCCAAUAGGAAACACUUUUAUAUAAAAGUACUUCGCUCCCUCUCUGUCUUUAUUUUUUUUCUCUCUGAACACCUCGUUCCUGCCCUGUACAGAACACGGUUAUAUGUUUUCUCUCUCUCUCUCUCUCUCUCUCUCUCUCUCUCUCUCUCCUUCUCUCUCUGUCUCUGUCUCUGUCUCUCUGUCUCUCUCCCCCUCCCUGUGCGGACUGGGGGACGAUCUUGUUGCUGUGGUGACAAGAGUCGUCGUCAUCGUAUUUUUUUUUUAUUUUUUUUACUACUUCCAAACCCAGGGAUAUUAUAUUGGACGACUCUACUGCAUAUAUUUUUCUGUGUAUGUGAUUGGCACAAAUAGGCACAUCCACAGUACUAUGAAAUUGGAUCUGUAUGAUAGUAUUUUAAAAAAGUAUGUUUUAUUUGUUAUUUUUUAAUGGUUUUAUUCAAGAAACAAACAUGCAAAGUGGCGAGUCAAGUUUCCCUUUUAUUUGAGCAUUUGUAUGUGAUACUGCGAUAUACAAAGUAUUUGAUCAUUUCAAAAUAAAAAUAAGAAAACUUUUA